UUUUCAUCCGGUGCAAAAGGGAAAGCAUUCUUGUCCAAGAUGCGCAGGGCUUCAGCACAGCGGAGGUCGUGAGGCUGCAGCUGGUGAAUUACAAUUGGGAUACGGAGCCGCGAUGAACGAGGCUCUUUUUUUUUGACGUGAUUUAGAAAUUACCGUGAGGGCGCGGUUGGGAGUGUGAGUCGUAAAGUCCCCACACAAACAUCUCAUGGAGGUCAAAGGACAUCUGAUCACAUCCAUGGGUCUAGGGGCUCCUGAUGUUCAAGGCUGCCAGGACAGCAAGCUGCAGGCUGAGAGGAUUGCAGCGCUGCAAGAGAGGAAGCAGGCCCUUGAGGCUCUCCUCAAAACCAGAGUGGGAGAGCUUAAACAUGUCUGUCUGCAGGAAGCAGAGCUUACUGGGAAGUUGCCACGUUCUUUCCCCCUGGAGACGGGAGAGAACCCCCCACUGGUGCAGCGCAGAGCUGGCAUCCCGCCCAAUGCCAAGGCAGAGGACGAGGCUGCCCAAAGGAAGCAGAUGAAAGCCAUAUUCACGGGUGCUCUGUAUAGACAUUCAGAAUCGGACCGAAAUGUACCAAACAACAAGAGGACAGUUCACCGGGGUUGUCACACAGAGGACACUGUCAUGUCAGAGAGUACAAGCUCCAUGUCAGAUUCCACAUCCCAUGACAAUGAGUCGUCUCCUAGCGUUGCUGCCGACCAGCGCUCACUGUCUCAGCCUCGGCUCACUGUUGGCAGUCCUGACCACAGGAUCAGCAGGAAGCUGUCUCCAGUUGAGAUUUACUAUGAGAUGAGGACACGCCGCAACUCUGUCACAAGUUCUGUCAGCCCAACUCACUCUUUACCCAGAAGUGCAUCUAAUGUUGAAGGUAGAAGUGUUCCAGCCACUCCUCUUUUGGCUCGGACUGCUCCAAUCAGCGUUCACGUCAGGUCGGACACGUCAGGGGGUAAUGGGUUGAAGCAGUGGUCUGGUAGUCUGGAUGUGCCCUACAUGAUUCCUCUGGCUCAGGAGGGUUCUUCCUCUGACCGCCGAAGCUGUCCAUACAGCUCCCGUGCCAGGCGCAGUAACAGCUCUGAGGCCCUGCUGGAUAGAUCGAGCCUUCCUGACGAUCCUGCUCCUAGAAACGGGAUGCCCCCAAAAGGAGGACCCUAUAAGAGCUCAGAGACACUGACUGAUGGGAAGCUGCGACAGAUCCACCUUGGAAGCCCAGAGAGACAUGCGGGCAGCUCGGUGGAACAGGCCAAAUUGCGUCUCUCCAUGGGCGGCAGAGGGGCCGGCGGCGGCUACAAUGAGCUACUGAUGGACUAUAUUUGGGGGAAACAGCAAAGGAUGCAAGUGCAGCACCACCUGUAUCAGUCCACAGGCAGGAUCUGGCAGGACGCGACUUCUCCUCGUUCCUCCACUGCAGCUGUCCCUCCCCAUGCCAACGGCUUUUCCCAUUCCCAGGUGCACCUCCCCACUGCUGCGACUCCCUACAGCCCCAUGGUCCUCCGAGGGUCCCAAGCUGAGCUGCGCAGGGUCAAAGUAACCAGAACCAAAUCUUGUGGGCCCUUUAUUCCUUUGCAGCAACACACCCAGGAUGGCAUCCUGCUGUCAGCCUACGAGUCUCCCCUUCCUGCCUCUGGCACCACAACAUCCUCCAUUCCCAACCUCCAUCCCUACCAGACAGACCUGUCUGGCCACGCAUUCAGCCGCAGACCCCCACAAUUCUCUCUCCCUACCCCAGAAGACUCGACGAGAAGCUUGCAUAAAGCGCUCGCCCUGGAGGGUCUGAGGGACUGGUACCUGAGAAAUGCCCUUGGAUAUCCUCCUUCAGCCUCAAAGGGUCAGGAGGCAGGAAUAUCUCGUCUCUCGCACCCCCACCCACUGGUGCACCAGGCCCAGUCUGUUCAAGGGGAAACAGCCAACCUUCACAGAUCCCAGAUACCCCAGUCAGCCAGCUUCCAUGGUCACCCAAUGCAUGGAAGGUCGAUGGAGUUCUCUCUCUAUCAGGAGACUCCCCAUCCACAGAUGCAAGAAGUGACCCCAAAGGAACCCAGCCCAGACCCAGGCACCCUAGUCUGAUUCAGCAGAACACACACAUUUUAUGAGUAAAAAUACUGUAGCCUCACACACACACAGUACUCUCAGACUCUGAUAGUCACACACUAACACAGAUAAGGUGAUACAAUGUGACCUCAGCAGAAAAUCAAAACAUGGAAACCUCAGCAGAAAGAGACUGGAAUAAAUGACAACUGUAGAUGUACAGUGUGAAAAAGCCUUGGCAAGUUCCCUGUGUUAUAACUGAUCUCACCACUAUAUGUGAACCUCAAACCUAGUGUUCUGAUGGAUGUGCACUGGAUUUCACUUAUCUAACAACAGUAUGGUCAUACUGUAUAUGGAUAUUACUGGUUCAACACAAGCAGUAGAAUAUUUCCUAAUAACCCCCCAAAAGUUUCCCAAGAUAUACUUUUUUACAGAAUAUAUACAACUCUAAAUCACUAUUUUGUAUCUUCUGAGAUAUAAAGAACCGUUAUAUUCAAGAGGUAAUUUAUUGCUCAUUACUCGUGUGAUAUACAAAGGAGCUCGCAUCAAUUAAAAGGUAUCAGUGCAUUCUGGUGAAUGUGUUUGUAUACUCUUAAAAACACAAAACAUGCUUCAGUCUUCAUCUGAUUUUAAUUUCACAGCUAUUUGUAUUUUUCAUGAUUGAUAAUGAAACAGGAGUCAUGAACUGUAGCAUACAGACGUAGCAGACAGGAGUGCCUAAAUGUUCAAAUAUCAAAACGAAACCUUGGUUAGAAAACUUUAAAGUGCUUUCUUGUGACCUAAAAUGCUAGCUUUGAGCAUUUUGAGCUUAGUGUAAUCAGAAACUGAAAUCAGGUCAUGAUGUCACUAAAUUAGGGUAUUUGAAAUGAAGUCAUGUAUGACCUUUCUGUUAGUUUUCGCCAGAUUGGUGCUGGCUAACAAAUGUAGCUCUGUUUGUGCUGACUGAUUUCGACCAGCUUUAGGAAGAACCUGAGGGCUGUUCUGAGACCUAUGUGGCAGUAGCAUAUGACUGUAUGACAAUAAUUAAAAAACAUAAAAUCUGUCUUUUUUCUGCAUUCAGUUUUGGCGGUUUUGAGUGUCAUAUGGAGCACUUUAUGAACAUCUUAAGCCUUAAAUCCCUUUUAAAUGGUUGCCAAGAGAGAUGAGAAACAUUUAGGAAAAGGGUUUCGGCAACAUCUACUGAAGGUCAUUGUGAGUGUUCGUCUGUAUAUAGUGUGGAUUGUACUGAUGCGUUUCAAGCUGAUAUUUAAUUGCUGUACUAACAGUUUAAUUUUUAAA